GGCCUUUGAGGGUCCUGGGAGGCGUCCUGGGGUGCACCCCUUAUCCCUGGGGGCAAUGGGGCUUGCAGGCCUGGGUGGGACAAGAAGGCCCAGCUUUGCAGCAUAGGCCCGAGCAAGGGCCCAGGCCCGCCGCCAUGGGGCUCAAGGCCGCCCAGAAGACGCUCUUCCCGCUGCGCUCCAUCGACGACGUGGUGCGCCUGUUCGCGGCCGAGCUGGGCCGGGAGGAGCCCGACCUGGUGCUCCUGUCCCUGGUGCUGGGCUUCGUGGAGCAUUUCCUGGCUGUCAACCGCGUCAUCCCCACCAACGUGCCUGAACUCACCUUCCAGCCCAUCCCCGCGCCCGACCCGCCGGGCGCCCUCACCUACUUCCCCGUGGCUGACCUGUCCAUCAUCGCGGCCCUCUACGCCCGCUUCACUGCGCAGAUCCGGGGCGCCGUGGAUCUGUCCUUGUACCCCCGCGAGGGGGGCGUCUCGAGCCGCGAGCUGGUGAAGAAGGUCUCCGAUGUCAUCUGGAACAGCCUCAGCCGCUCUUACUUCAAAGAUCGGGCGCAUAUCCAGUCGCUCUUCAGCUUCAUCACAGGCACUAAGUUAGACAGCUCUGGCGUGGCCUUCGCGGUCGUGGGGGCCUGCCAGGCUCUGGGGCUCCGUGAUGUCCACCUGGCCUUAUCUGAGGACCAUGCGUGGGUGGUGUUUGGGCCCAACGGCGAGCAGACGGCGGAGGUCACCUGGCAUGGCAAGGGGAAUGAGGAUCGCAGGGGCCAGACCGUCAACGCGGGUGUGGCUGAGCGGAGCUGGCUGUACCUGAAGGGCUCCUACAUGCGCUGUGACCGCAAGAUGGAGGUGGCCUUCAUGGUGUGCGCCAUCAACCCGUCCAUCGACCUACACACUGACUCACUGGAGCUGCUGCAGUUGCAGCAGAAGCUGCUGUGGCUCCUCUAUGACCUGGGACAUCUGGAAAGGUACCCCAUGGCGCUGGGGAACCUGGCAGAUCUGGAGGAGCUGGAACCCACCCCUGGCCGGCCAGACCCCCUGACGCUCUACCAUAAGGGCAUUGCUUCCGCCAAGGCCCACUACCAGGACGAGCACAUCUACCCCUACAUGUACCUGGCUGGCUUCCACUGCCGCAAUCGCAACGUGCGCGAAGCCCUGCAGGCCUGGGCGGACACGGCCACGGUCAUCCAGGACUACAACUACUGCCGUGAAGACGAGGAGAUCUACAAGGAAUUCUUUGAGGUAGCCAACGACGUCAUCCCCAACCUGCUGAAGGAGGCCGCCAGCCUGCUAGAGGCCGGCGAAGAGCGAGCGGGGGAGCAGAGCCAGGGCUCCCCAAGCCAGGGCUCUGCCCUGCAGGACCCCGAGUGCUUCGCCCAUCUGCUGCGCUUCUACGAUGGCAUCUGCAAGUGGGAGGAGGGCAGCCCCACGCCCGUGCUGCAUGUGGGCUGGGCCACCUUCCUGGUGCAGUCCCUGGGCCGCUUCGAGGGCCAGGUGCGACAGAAAGUACGCAUCGUGAGCCGUGAGGCCGACACGGCUGAGGCCGAGGAGCCGUGGGGUGAGGAGGCCCGGGAAGGCCGCCGGCGGGGUCCACGCCGAGAGUCCAAGCCUGAGGAGCCUCCACCGCCCAAGAAGCCAGCGCUGGACAAGGGCCCCGGCUCAGGGCCUGGCACUGUGCCGGCACCCCCCCGAAAGCCCCCAGGACCAGUACCAGUCCCAGGCCCAGCCCGGGGCCCGGAGGGCAGCAGUGCUGCCCCUGUGCCCGCGCCGGCGGCCUCGCCACCCCCUGAAGGCCCAGUGCUCACCUUCCAGAGUGAGAAGAUGAAGGGCAUGAAGGAGCUGCUGGUGGCCACCAAGAUCAACUCGAGCGCCAUCAAGCUGCAGCUCACGGCACAGUCGCAGGUGCAGAUGAAGAAGCAGAAGGUGUCCACGCCCAGCGACUACACGCUCUCCUUCCUCAAGAGGCAGCGCAAGGGACUCUGAGCCCCCCUCUCGCCCCCUGGCCCUGACACACCCCCACAGUCAGCUCCAAGUCUCACCCCUGACUGGAUACAACACUGGGGAAGAUCCCCUAGCCCGAAUUUGGACCCUGCCUGUCAUCGGCUUAUGGAUUCCGACCCCCAUUAUCUCAGCGGCCCAAUGGAAAGAACCUUCCUGGCUGCCUGCAGACUCUCGGGGGCUAGCCACCAAGAAGUCAGGGCCCCUGGGCAUCUGGGACUCUUGUAGGCUUGUCCAUUGCUGCUCAGGGGUGUUCUACCCCACGGGGCCCAGAUGUCACGUUUACCCUAGAAGCACAGGUUACCCAUUCCCACCCCAGAACCUCACCCAGCCCCUAGGAGUAUGUUUCUACACUUGAAAAUUCCAUGACUCUGCAGUCAAGCCCCCUCGCUCCUCAAAGAAUUGAGGUGCCGCUUCCAGAGUUUGGAAACCCACCGUCCCAGGCCCCCCCCCCCCCCCCCGCCCCAC